AUGCCGAGCCAGCACGUGCCCGGAAAGGGCUCUUUGCAGACGCUCCGCUUCAAGGUGCAGACCGGCCACAUGCGCUCCGCGACGAAAGGCUGCCUCGGCCGCAAACUGACCCAGGAAGAGCACGAGGCGUGCAAGCGGGAGCUCGCCGAGCUGGAGGCCAAGCGCAAGGAGGGCAUGGAGCACCGCAAGAAGGCCGAGCUGAAGCAGGGCCAGGGCGAGAUCAAGGACGGCGUCGGCCGCAUCGAGCAGAAGCUCGACCGCAUCCUCGGGGCCGAGGGCAGCAGCCAGCACCACAGGGAGCUGGCCAAGCAGGCGACCAAGCGCGAGCGCGAGAAGGCCAAGGAGGAGCUGAAGCGCCAGCGCGAGGAUUCCAAGCGCCAACGCGAGGAUGACAAGAUCCGCAAGCUCCUUUCCGUCGGGCUGUCGAUCCACUGUGUCGACCGCUUCGUGGACGGUGUGCUCAUCAGGGGCGGCGUGCUGUCCCCGCAGUGCUUCGAGGUAGAUGACCUUGGCGCCGCGUUCGAGCUGUGCGGCUUGGACUGUCGCCUGGCGGCGUUGAAGGGCUCCAUGGCCCUUGUCCAGGUCAUGCAGUGGGAAGGGCGCACUUUCCCGGAGAGCGAGCUGAAGAGCCUGGGGCUUGAGAAGAUGGAAGCCCAGCCGCGAAACGGCUUGCCUGGCAUGGAGAUCGUUUACCACGAGGAGAGCAAGGGGCUCAUGUACAACAAGCCAAUCGUGAAGACAGGAGCGGAACGUUGGAUUCGAGUCACCGAAAGGUAUUUCUUGGUCCGCCUCCUGAUGCCCGCGUCGUGUGUGUUCGAGCAGCUGGCUGCGGGGGAGCCGUCGCCGAAGCGCCGACGCACCGAGGAGGCUGCCGAGCCAGCAGCCCAGCCAGCAGCCACGGAGCCCGCAGAGGCAGCGCCUGCAGAGGCAGCGCCCGCGGAGCAGCCACCACCGGCGCCACCGGCGCCACCAACCCCUCAGCCAGUAAGUGCGGCGCACGAGCAGCUUCCCGAGAUUUUGGUCCACGGGGUGCGCUGCAGCCACCUGGUGGCCGACUACUACAUUGUCAAGGAAGUCGAGAAGAUGCUCGACUACCUGCGGGGUGGCGAGGCCUUUCCCGAGCUGUUGGUGUAUUGCAACUUUGUUUGA